AUGUUUCCGGCGGCGGAGGAAAGUCUGGGAAAACCUACCCAGUCGACAAGGAUAUGGAGAUUUUUCGGUAGCCUUGCGAUUGAGCACAAAGAAGAAGAAUCCUCAACCAAUACUCAUACCUAUCAGUUAUACUCCAAGGGUUUGGUGAGUGAAGAGCUUAUUAAGGAUGUUCCUACGCUGGUCGGUGGUUCAGGCCUGUCUCUCUGUGACUCCAACGAUAACUCGAAGAAAUCGGAGACCAACAAAGCUCUGAGAAACCACCAAGUCCUCCUGGCUGCGCACCCUGAAGCUGUGGAAUUGGCUGCCAUAAUUCAAGGGCUGAGUUGGGCGUUGAAACAUGGUGUGAAAAGUAUCCAAUUCUUCUGUGACGACGAUUCCAUCAUCUUGGAUUACGUAACAGGCAAAGCUGCACCACCCAACGAGUCCAUUGUAGUAGCAAAACUUUUGAAGCAACUGGCUCUUCUCCAGGCACUCCCUCUGCUGCGCUCAGACGACGACAUCAAUUCUUCUCUCAUUAAGCUCGCAAGAGAUGCCAUUGCUUCCCAAACCACAUGGCAGCGUGAAGAAGGUGACGAGUAUGAGACUUGUCCAGCCUGCUACGCACACGUUUCACCUCGUCACAAACUUGAGGUGAGGAGCGGUUGCUUCCACCGCAUCUGCUUUACGUGCAUAAGGGACUGUGUCUCAUCCCAACUAGCACGAGGGGACACCCUACUCUGCCCUUACCCCGGUUGCGAGAAAGAACUUGUGCUAGAGGAUUGUCGAGGUAUUGUUGAUGAUGAUGCUCUUAAUCUUAUCAUCCACCGCAAGAAGGAGAAGGCCAUCAACCACAAGUUCUGUUACGCAUGUGGGGCUGCGUGUACAAGGAAGAAAAUGUCAUGCAACUGCAGCCCCUAGUAAGGCGACACGACUAGGCUUCUAACGUGCUGAUAUGCCAAUCUUGUCUUCAAAUAAAAAGCCACCAUUCCAAAUAGUUUCCUAUUAACGAUGAUAUGCUAGUGUGUGUCUGAGCUUCUUCUGUAUUCCCUAAGAACAAGUUUGUGAUAUGCAUAUUCGACAUUUGCUUUCUCUCUCUU